UGUUGGGGUUGGAGGAGACGAGACCCCGGUCCUCAGCAAGGGGACGGGGAGCCAAGCAGACAGCCUGUGAGCUCAGCCACCGACAGGCAGAAGUUCGGCGGGGGGAAGACGUGUCGGUGGAGACUUGACCGAUUGGAUUUCUUCCUGUAACGCGGUUAUCAAGGAUCAAGGCCUCCUGGGGAUGCCAGCACCAAGCGCCCACGAUGUUGCCCCCACCGGAGAGGGGGUGUGCGAGACCAUCCAGAGGGACCUCUUGGCCGCCGACCUGAAAUGCAGCUUUUUUGCUUCCGCUCUGCAGAGCUACAAGCGGGACUCCAUCCUCCGGCCCUUCCCAGGACACUACACUUCCAAGGAGAGCAAGGAUUUUGAGGCUCUGCUUGCAGAUGCAGAUGCACUGGGGAGCCUGCAGGAACUUCUGGAUUCUCCUCAAAAUCCUGACCAAAGAACCUUGCAGCUGCUCCACUGGAUCUUGACCCCCAGGGCUUGGUGCAUCCACACCACCCACAAAAACGAGUAUGAGAAGAUCCAGGAACUGACUGGAGCUCCCAGCAUGCCCGUCCCUGUGCCUGACUUCCUCUUUGAAAUCACCUACUGCGAAAAAUUGAAUGCCAAAUUUGAGGAAACUCAGGCGGGGAGAGACCUCAUCUAUGCCUUCCAUGGAAGCCGCUUGGAGAACUUCCAUUCCAUAAUGCACAACGGGUUGCAGUGCCAUUUGAACAAGACCUCCUUGUUUGGGGAAGGCACCUAUCUGACCAGUGACUUAAGCCUGGCCCUGCUCUACAGCCCGCACAGUCUGGGCUGGCAGCGAAGCAUGAUGGGCCCAAUUCUCAGCUGUGUUGCAGUUUGCGAGGUCAUUGACCAUCCAGAUGUCAAGUGCCAAGUGAAGAAAAAAGACUCUAAAGGAAUUGAUAGGAAGAGAGCCAGGGUGAAGAACAGCGAAGGGGGUGAUGUCCCUCAGAAAUAUUUUGUGGUUACAAACAAUCAGCUGAUACGGGUGAAAUAUUUACUGGUAUAUUCUCAGAGGCAGCAUCGAAGCCUUCCAGGCCAGUCGUGGCUCUCCAAGCAUCGUUUUGCGGUGAUGAUGAGUCUCUACCUGCUGCUGCUGGUUGUCAUAGGGACUAGCAACUCGCCAGCCUUCCUCUACUACUGGAACCGGAUUUUUGACUUCAAGCAAUGACAUCUUGGGGGUCUUGGGGCUGGGGGGGGCGGGGGGGCAGGGCUGCUGACCUUCACCAGGUGCCUUAACAGGGAGAGAUGUCCAGCUUUUGUGAAUCCCAUCGCCCUGGAGAGCAGAGCAGGGUAGGGAGGGGGGUGGAAUGGGGAUGUUUCAGAUGCCUUAAUUUUCCUGGUACGUUGGACCUCAUUAAAAGGUCUCAGUGACAUCUUCAGAGGGAAAGGAUGGCAGAACAGGGACUGUCGGCCGUCAAGGAAGAAACUUCAUCAUGACACAGACAUGUCUCCUACAGUGUGGCUGGUUCUAAACCCCAAGGAGAUUUUGUAAGCCGCCUCUGACCCAGACCUUGGAAAACCACGGUGGCCCAUCCAUGUGUUUAAUGCAAGUGGCGAAAGAGAAAGAAGGAAGAACUUGCUCUCAUUUAAAGUGCAUUUCUGUGUGUGUGUGUGGAAAUGACCAAGCUGGAUGUGGACACCCCUGGGUAAAAUAAAGGCUGCCAAGCACUUUAUCCAUGAACACCAUCUGCGGGAAGGAAGUGGUUUUUCUUUUGCCCAAGAUGGAACUGACGGCAAGUGAAAAGGCUGUGAUGAUACCAUGAACUAUCUGAUGAAGUCCCUCUGUUUUUUCUUGUUCCUCUGCAUUGGUUCCUCUCCAGUCCAUGUUUCCCAGCAGCUAGGUUAAAAAAAAGCUAGGAUAAAAGUCUCUAAUAGCAUGUGGGAAAGACUUGGGAGACAGGGUGAAGAGAUGCUGCCUAGGGAACGGUCAGAUAAAAGGCAACUUGGCCCGCAACUGGACAGUGGGCAGGGCAAGAGGCUCAGGAGGGAUCUCCCUAGUUUCUCAGGCUGUAAAGGAGACAGCAGGAGAUUGGUACUUUCAGACUUGCAAGAUUCUGCCAAUGUAGCUUUACAAUGAAGUAGAAAUAGCUCAUCUGAUCGUGUUUCCUGUCUGGUCUAUCUGGUAAAGCUGAAAGUCUCUAGGAAGAUUGAAAGCCUGUUUUGCUCUUUGCAUGAUGGAUGUCAGCCCUUCAGGGUAGACCAGAUCAAGAAACACACACACCAGGAAGACCAGAACUUUGCUUUACUGAGAUAGACUAUAGUAACAGCAUCUUGAAAGCCUGAUUGUGUUUUACUUCCCCUCCCCUUUAAACCCCCAUUGAGCCAGGGAGGAGCCAGCCUGUCCCUUCAUAAUACUGUCUCCCUUCCCAGGACUUAAGGAAUGAUUCCGUCUUGUUUGUUCACAAUGGUUUCUGAAUGUUUGCUUCAAGGCUGUCUUCCUGGCUCUCCACAAUUGACUUCUUCUGGACCAUUUGUGCUUGCUGGUUGGCUUCACUAGCUCAAAAUGUCUGGGCUAUUUCCAGGGGCAUUUAUUGGUGUGGGGGGCAAAAAGUCAAAAUGGCAGCCUCAACUACAUGGCUGAAGCCCCAGGGUGGGGCUUUGAUGGCAUUGGAGCUACUGCCAUUUUGACUUUUUGACCCUCCCUGUGGACACCCCUGCUUAAGCCUCUGAUACAUUCACGGAGCACACUUAACCAGGUCACUGGAAGACUAGCAGAUGGACUUGCACGACGGUGGUUUGAUUUCUGGGCCUUGGCACACUAUGCAAACCCAGAAAAUAGGUUCAUUCAGUAAUUGAGUUAAAUGUGUUCGUUCCAUGUGCCUCACCACAAACAGUUAAGUACCUUGCAGUAACCUUGGUUGGGGCUUUGUUUGGGUUUUGUGGGGGUUAGUAGGUUACGCAAAUCCCAUUUGGCUAGUUCAUCAUCCCUGCAGGGUAUUGUGCCAAGCCAGAAAAUGGAUUAAUUGGGUAACCAGGCUCGGUAUAGUUGAAUGCAGGCUUCAGUCACAUGGUUGCAGCUGCCAUCUUGACUUUUUUGACCCUCUCCCCAGCAUCCCUGGGUCUGUGCAAGUUGGCAGUAACAGGAGGGGGUUGACUCCUUCCAGCAUUCCACUGAUCAAGUCUAGUUAGCACGUUCCAUUAACUGCAAACAAGUGUUCUGAGAUCAUCAAAUCCCUUUGCACAACGAGUAACAGGAGAUGGGUAAUUUUACAGCAUGGGGAACUCAACCCCUAUCUUAGCAUACUGUCUGAACCAAGCCAGCAUGAUACACUAUGUGAGCAGACCAGCAUGUUAUGUGAGCCCAACCAUGUACUUCAUUUUUUUUUAAAAAAAAGUUUUUACUAAGUUUUUUGUUUUUUAAAUGUUUCCUUUUGUUUAUUUGAACAGAAGAUGAAGAGAACAACAUAAAAAGAAAAGGCAGGACAAGAACAAAAUUAUAGAUGUAAGGGCUUCUCAAAUGUGUAUAUAUGUGUAUAAAAUUUUACACAAUGGUUUCAAUAAAGGAUAACCAUAAUCUA